AUUAAUACAAUAAAGGCUAGAACACCAAUAUGUACAAUUACACAUCAUUAUUAUUUAUGAGCGUUAUUUACUAACUAAAAGUAUUAUUAUUAUUGCGUCUCAAUAAUAAGGGCUCAAUUAUAUCAGAGAAAAAUGUUCACAAAACUGGAACUCACAAAGUCUUUCUCCGGAACUUGGCUCAUGAGUGUAAUGAAAAUGUCAAGCCCGCGCUGCUUCCGAUUUCUCGCGUCGCCCAUAUCAGAAACGCUCAUCUUGCGCAUCCUCAUAGGUAAAGCACACUUUUCAUGGAGUGCGCAGGGCGACCGUCAGUGAUAUCAGUUUUAUCGCGGAAAAUGCUGGUUAACGAGGCACUGAUCAUCGGCAGGUCUUCAGUGACUACAGUACAACUACCGCAGUUCUUCAUCAAGCAGAUGAAGAUUAAGCAGUUUCUGGACCUGCCAGCUCCGCCUUGGCAAGGAUUCUGAUAAACCUUUCAGAAUGGAUCCUCCAUUCGUCGCUCCAGACUAUGUGUUGCGCAUUCCGGAGAAUGCGCUGCCGCACUUGAAGUUAAUGACAAAAGAGACAGUCGAGCAACCGACAUCCGCAUUUGCCACUUGUUUCUUUCAACUUUUCACCAAAGAAAGAAACAAGAAAACCCCACAUCCCUGGAUGUCCGUCGGUACGCAGAGUCACUAUGGCAAUACAAAAGAGAGAAUAGAUGUCGCCGUACUCAUUUCCCCGUUCGGGUCGAAGCAAGAGGCGCCCUCUCUCAUUGUCUAUGCUCAUGAGAGCAAACCGGGCUUCGUUAAAACUGACAAGCCGGCGAAGGAAAAUGAGCCUACGUUGAAUGCCAAGAGUCGAAGGAAGGCUAUCGGCGACCAACUGAGAAAGCGAUUUCGAGAUCGCCCGCUGAUGCACGCACUACAACAGUGCCGCUGGAAUUGGUUUUGGGGAUCCUCCGGAGUGGGGAUCUAUUGGUCGGUAUGGUACAUGGAGUUAGAGGAGCCGUACACGAUCUACCGGAUGUAUAACUCAGCAAACGAUAAAAUCGUGGUAGAGCCGGUCAGUACCGACGACAAGUAUGUUUUUCCACGGCGAUUCUGGGAUCUUAAAGUGACGGGGCGUUCAUUCUGUCCCGUAAUGACAUACAGUCAUCAGAGCAUUAUGCAGCAGCAUCGAACGCUGAAGGCUUUUCCGAAAGCCACACUGAACCGUUUUAACCAUGCGGUGGAUAGUGAUUAUGGCUACGAAGACUACCUACUGGGCAUGUCAGAUGCGGAAGAUCCUGUUGUUCCCCCUGUGGAGGCCACCUCCGGUUUUGAUGUUGAGGACGAUGAGCAGAAGGAUCCAACCUGGGUCGAGGGUAUGCCCUAGUUUAAUUUUGUGGUCAUGUAGCCACUCGCCAGCCAGUUUUGGCAACCGGCCUAGAUUGGAUAGUUUUUGUGCCACUGCAGCGCUUUAGCAGUUUGUGUAUGUCUUCCCUGAUCUUCGGUGUCCUUUUUCUAGUGCUGGCACGUUAUUAUUGAUCUACGCAUAAUGAUCUGACUUUCUUACAAAUUUGACGGCACCGUAAUUGUGGCAGUGUGUUGCUCCUAGAUCACCGAUCCCUAAUGAUUAAACAGUUUUGGGUUAGGCGCCGAGUAAGUGAUUUGUCG